GUAAUGGUUUAUGGCGAUUGAUUCAGCAUGUAUACUAUUUGCUGUGGUUUCACCUGAUGUUUCCAACACUUCUGACAUCAUGCGAAGGGAUCCAGAGAGGAUGAAGAGGAGGGGUGAAGAGUACUUAACAUAAAGAACCGUGAUGGAGUCUAUUCAGUCACCUGACAUCCCCAUGGACAGGUACUUCAACAGCACCUGGAGACACCCGUAUGGCCAGGAGACUGUCCCGUCACCUUUCAACAGCACCUGGAGACACCCGUAUGGCCAGGAGACUGUCCCGUCGCAUUUCAACAGCUCCUUCCACCUCCAGCAACACAGCAGUUUCCACAACACCCUACUAGGUGUCUCCCUGGGCUUCCUGUCGUUGCUCACCGUCAUCAUGAACAUCCUGGUACUCUACGCUGUGAAGAAAGAGCGGACCCUCCACACGGUGGGAAACCUCUACAUCGUCAGCCUCUCCGUGGCGGAUCUCAUCGUCGGGGCCACCGUCAUGCCUCUCAACCUGGUGUAUCUGCUGGAGGAUGAGUGGAGGCUGGGGAGGGUCGUCUGUCAGUUCUGGCUCAUUAUGGAUUAUGUAGCCAGCACAGCCUCCAUCUUUAGUCUGUUUAUACUAUGUCUGGAUCGGUAUCGGUCCGUUCACGAGCCGCUGAGGUACCUGAAGUACCGGACCAGAGGGAGAGCUAGCGUUAUGAUCUCAGGGGCCUGGCUAAUGUCCAUGACGUGGAUUAUUCCUAUUCUAGGGUGGAGGUCCUUCGUUCAGGUCGACCUCAAACCGGAGAUGGAGAAUAAGUGUGACACUGAUUUCCGGUUUGUUACUUGGUUUAAGGUUUUAACUUCAGUGUUUAACUUCUACCUUCCGUCUCUGUUGAUGCUGUGGUUCUACUCGCGCAUCUACAUGGCUGUGAGACAGAACUUCAGAGAGAGGGAGAGGAUUAUCAAUCCCACAGAUUCCGUGGUGGAAAACAGGAUCGGACACAAAGUCCAAACAGGAAAUAGCCACUGCGAGUCUAAGAAAGAAAGAAACUCAGACUUUGAUCAGUACACGUUAGACCAGCCGAACGACUCCACAGAUACAGUUGAAACCAACGCGCCCAGGGAACCCAAGUCUGAGAAAGACUCUCACUCCAGUCAUUCAGUGCUCAGAAUGACAAAACGUCUGAGGACGACUGUAAAGGACAAAAGAAAGAGCAGCUCUUCGUCUUUCCAGCAGAAGAAUUCGGACUCGGAGACCCCUUUGAACCUGUCCUCUUUACCUCUUGGCUUCACAAACUACGACGACAACGUUCAGAAACUCUACGUAUCCGUGAACGACUGCAAGGUAGCCGUGCCGUCAAACUCUGUGGCUGGUGUCUGCGAGAUAACCCAGAUAUCUGACAUGCAGAGAUAUACCACCAUGUUCUACAACAACGAGUUCACCCAGUCUGUGAAUUUAUCCCCGUCACCAUGUCCCCAUAAUUCGCCCCAGUCACCCCCGCCCCAAGAGGACUCAGAGCCUGACGAUGGCACUAACCCGGACGCUGCAGCCAACGCUUUGACUCUAAAGCAGACCUGGCAGAAGUUCUGUGCCCAGUCCAGGCAGCGUAUCCAGAGCCUUCAGGUCCAUAAGGAGCACAAAGCGGCCAAGCAGCUGGGCUGUAUUAUAGCUGGGUUCAUGAUGUGCUGGAUCCCCUACUUCAUAGUCUUUAUGGUCAUGGCUUUCUGCCAAACCUGUGUACAUCACAACCUACAUAUGUUCACGAUAUGGCUUGGGUAUAUUAACUCUACCUUGAACCCGUUCAUAUACCCCCUCUGCAAUGAGAAUUUCAAACGGGUGUUUAAAACUAUCCUACACAUUAAUUUGUGAUGAAAAGGUUUAUGAACAGUGCCUUGAGUGGCAUUUCAAUGUAUUUCUUUGUGAUACUUUAACUUGUAAUACAGUAUGUGUCCUUGAAUGUUUUGAGUGACCUCAAUUUGGUACCUUAAAUUUGUAUAAUUUUGAAAAAUAUAAUGCUUAUUUAUUGUACGCCUAAAUAUUUUUUGUUUAUUAUUUAUUAUCAGACCCAGACCAUAACGCCAUCGUUCCUACUCUGUGGAAAGACAGAAAGCUGCUCUGCCUUUAUUCAUUAUUUAUUCAAAUAACUCUGCUGUAGAAGAAUAACUGCAGAAUAACUCUGCUGUAGAAGAAUAACUGCAGAAUAACUCUGCUGAAGAAGAAUAACUCUGCUGAAGGAGAAUAACUGCAGAAUAACUCUGCUGAAGGAGAAUAACUGCAGAAUAACUCUGCUGAAGGAGAAUAACUGCAGAAUAACUCUGCUGAAGAAGAAUAACUGCAGAAUAACUCUGCUGAAGGAGAAUAACUCUGCUGAAGGAGAAUAACUGCAGAAUAACUCUGCUGAAGGAGAAUAACUGCAGAAUAACUCUGCUGAAGAAGAAUAACUCUGCUGAAGGAGAAUAACUGCAGAAUAACUCUGCUGUAUAAGAAUAACUGCAGAAUAACUGAAGAAUAACUCUGCUGAAGGAGAAUAACUGCAGAAUAACUCUGCUGAAGAAGAAUAACUCUGCUGAAGGAGAAUUAACUGCAGAAUAACUCUGCUGAAGGAGAAUAACUGCAGAAUAACUGCUGUAGAAGAAUAACUGCAGAAUAACUGAAGAAUAACUCUGCUGAAGGAGAAUAACUGCAGAAUAACUCUGCUGUAGAAGAAUAACUCUGCUGAAGAAGAAUAACUGCAGAAUAACUCUGCUGAAGAAGAAUAACUGCAGAAUAACUCUGCUGUAGAAGAAUAACUGCAGAAUAACUCUGCUGUAGAAGAAUAACUGCAGAAUAACUCUGCUGUAGAAGAAUAACUCUGCUGAAGAAGAAUAACUGCAGAAUAACUCUGCUGAAGGAGAAUAACUGCAGAAUAACUCUGCUGAAGAAGAAUAACUCAGAGUAACUCUGCUGAAGGAGAAUAACUGCAGAAUAACUCUGCUGAAGGAGAAUAACUGCAGAAUAACUCUGCUGAAGAAGAAUAACUCUGCUGAAGGAGAAUAACUGCAGAAUAACUCUGCUGUAGAAGAAUAACUGCAGAAUAACUGAAGAAUAACUCUGCUGAAGAAGAAUAACUCUGCUGAAGGAGAAUAACUGCAGAAUAACUCUGCUGAAGAAGAAUAACUGCAGAAUAACUCUGCUGUAGAAGAAUAACUCUGCUGAAGGAGAAUAACUGCAGAAUAACUCUGCUGUAGAAGAAUAACUACAGAAUAACUCUGCUGAAGGAGAAUAACUGAAGAAUAACUCUGCUGAAGGAGAAUAACUGCAGAAAAUAAUAACUCUGCAGAAGGAGAAUAGCUCUGUUUCAAUACAAUCUGCUUCAUGUGCUUGUCCAUUUUUGGUGAAAACAGAAAUGUGUCUUAAUGGAACCUGAAUUUUUCGUUAGAUAUGAGUCAGUGCGUGUCUGUGCUGUCCAAUAAAAGUAUCUUAACUG